AUGGGGGGAAUAGGGUUUAGGGUGAGAAUAGGGACACAUUCGAGAUUGACUUUAUGGUAUAACUACACGAUUACUAUACGAUUUAAUGUAUCAGGCAGAAUUUGUAUUUAAAGAUUGCAACAUUUUUUUUGUAAUCUGGCAACAUUAAGUGGUCCUGUCACACUGAAUUAAAAAAAAAACAGUCAUUUGUGAAUUGGGUCAGAAACAAGAAAAUAUUGCUCUUCAAAACUUUUCAAUUUCAUAAAUAUACAGCGACGAUACGAGUCGAUGAAGUGUUCAGCAUUAUCUUCGGUGUUUCGGGAACAGAACGAGCUGUAAUUGGAUACAACACAAUGCCCCGAGAAUAUAAAUCGAAGCCAAACGGGAAAAGGUACAAAAAGUAUGACACAUUAGUAAUCGAACAAGCUUUAAUUGAGUUAGCGAAUCCUCAGGCAACAAUUAGAACAGUUGCCGAAAAAUUUAAUAUUUCUAGAUCAGUCUUACAGAGACAUAGCACAAGGCAAAUGAAGUCACAAGGAGGCCAAACAGCUCUAACUAAAGAAGAGGAAGAGCAUAUCAUAUUAAACAUUAACACAUGUGCUGAAUGGGGAUAUCCAAUGGAUGUCCUCGAUUUAAGGGUUUUGGUCAAAAGUUAUCUAGAUAUGUUAGGGGUUAAGCACAGGAGGUUUAAAAAUAACUUGCCAGGAAGAGAUUUUGUGUACAAUUUUUUGAAGCGACAUAAGAAUGACAUAUCGCUGAGGCUUUGCCAGAACAUAAAACGUUCCAGGGCAGCUGUAUCGCCUUCUACAAUUAAUACAUAUUUUUCCGAAUUACAAAACUCUAUUGAGAACGUGCCACUUAAUAAUAUACUAAAUUAUGACGAGACGAAUCUCUCUGAUGACCCAGGCCGUCAUAAAGUAUUAACAAGGCGUGGAUGCAAAUAUCCAGAGCGAGUACUUAAUCAUUCCAAAGCAUCAAUAUCGCUAAUGAUGGCUGGAACUGCUGCGGGAGAAUUAUUACCACCAUAUGUGGUUUACAAAUCUACAAAUAUCUAUGAUUCGUGGAUGAAAAAUGGUCCCAAAGACGCAAGAUAUAACCGAACCUCAUCUGGAUGGUUUGAUGCCCAAUCAUUUAGAGAUUGGGUCAAAGAAAUAGUUCUUCCAUUUUAUGAAAAUAAGGAAGGAAAGAAAGUCUUAGUGGGCGAUAACUUAUCGUCUCACUUGUCUACAGAAUUGAUUGAUCUGUGCAAGAGUCAAGAUAUACACUUCGUAUUUUUGCCGGCCAAUUCCACUCAUUUGACGCAGCCUUUAGAUGUUGCUUUUUUCAGGCCGAUGAAAAUAGCGUGGCGUCAGAUUCUUCAAAAAUGGAAAAAAACUGACGGCCGAGCACUUUCGACUGUACCAAAAGGUUGCUUCCCAAGGCUAUUAAAGCUACUUAUGGAUGAAAUAAAUUCAGAAAAUAAUCUUCGGGCAGGUUUUCGCAAGGCUGGAAUCAGUCCAUUUAAUCCAAAUGAAGUCCUAGCAAGAUUACCGCAAGAGACUGUUAAUGGUGAAGAGGUAAAAGAUGCCAUUGAUAAAUCCGUUUUGAAUUUAUUAAAAGAAAUGCGCUACGGAAGCAUGAAUAUUAUGGAACCGAAAAAUAAAAGAAAAAUUAAUGUUAUUGCGGGUCGAAGCGUGUCAAACGAAGAAAUGGAAAGGUAUGCUGAAACUGACCCUGAAUCCGAAAUAAAAAAGAAACGGAUGAAUACCGAAAAAUCUAAAAAAGGAAGUUUAAAAGGCAAAGGUGUAGGUAAAAGAACACAAAAGAAAAGUGAAGAAAAAGAAAAUAAAUUGCUAUUGCCAGGACCUAGCUCAGGAACACAGAAGCCCAUACAGGAAACUUCAGAAAUAAUUAAUGCAGAAGAAUUUCAAUACCAAGAACAAAAAGAUGAUUGGCGUGAUAUGGAUGUAGAAAACAUGCCUGUGAUAUUAUCUGAAAAUGUAGAGUUGUAUGAAGAAAUAGUAGAAUCAUGUGAAACAUUUUUUUCAAACCAAAGUGAUGUCACUAAAGAAACGAGUACUAUUUCAGUUGAAAAUGAUCAAGCUAGUACUAGUUCUACUACAGCUAAUAUAUACGACAAUGCAGCAGAAGAGUCAAAAAAUAAAAAAGACUCUACAAAUGAGAAAAAUAGAUCUUUUAUUAUUGACAAUAAAAUAAUUACUCAAACAGAAUUAAAAAAACUUCUACCGAAAAAUCAACGGAAACCAAAUCUGAUACCACUUACUAAAAUAAAUAAUGAUUUUAUAAUUAAGAAGACAGCAGUACGUGGUCCUAGAAACAAUAAUUUGUAUAAUAACAGUGACGAGAUUCUAAGGAUUCUAGAGAGUGAUUGACUUUUCAGUUUUACCAAAGUUAAGCAAUUUUAAGAAAUAAGGAGAUUUUUUUUUAUGUUGAUUAAGAAGUACCUCACUGUAAUUGUUUUAUUAGAGUGCAUAAGUUUAAAUUAUACGUAGGUACAUAACAUACGUAUGUGUAAGGUAUAUGAUACCUUAAAUUUCAAUUUCAAUUUUUACCAAAGUUAAGCAAUUUUAAGAAAUAAGGAGAUUAUUUAUUUUUUUUAUGUUAUUUAAGAAGUACCUCACUGUUAUUGUUUUAUUAGAGUGCAUAAGUUUAAAUUAUACGUAGGUACAUAACAUACGUGUAAGGUACAUGAUACCUUAAAUUUAAAUUUCA